CUGUCUGAUGCGCUACCCGUACGACCGCGGACUACCAAGUGACCCAAGUUGGCGGGGAAUCGGUUGGAUAGAGACAUGGAUACUAACACAGCCCUCGAAAGGACGUGAUAGUCGAUAAUUUCGUCACAACAUCGAGCUGGACGCCGACUGCGAAUAUUCAUCACCGCGACCAUUCCGGCAUUACGGAUUAUAUGAUCAAGCUAGAGGCGGGAAAUGUCAGGCUGCCUAUACCAGGACACCGAACCUCAGGCGACCUUCGUACGUCGCCUCGAGCUACGAAAGACGUGGAGUAUCAGUCGUUCACUGGGGCGUGGAACCGCCUCUGCGAUGGUGGUGCCAUUUACGGCUUUGCUGUGUUUCAUGCAGGCACUCUAACCAAGAGGAAGGUCAUCAUCGUCCUUGAGAAAGCGCCUAUAGUCACACCCAACUGUGAUGUCAUCGUUCCAAGUCUCACUUUCACGAUGACACAAGAGAUGCGUCUCCUCAUUACGGGUCCCAACGGCUCCGGCAAGAGCUUACUCUUCCGGAUUCUCAGCGGUCCCUGGCCACUCUGCAAUGGGAAGCUGCAGAGGCCACCAAACAAGCACAUGUUUUUACAUUCUCCAAGGGUGUUCGCAGGAAGCGAUACUCGACCACUUUGUCACAACAUCGAGCUUGACGCCGACUGCACAGAUUCAUCACCGGGACCGUUCCGGCGCAACGGAUUAGAUGAUCGAGCUAGAAUGGGAAAAUGUCAGGCCGACGAAUUCGGAAAGUGCAGCUUCCUGGACAACGAACCUCGGGUGACCUUCGUACAUCACCUCCAGCUGCAAAAGACGUGGAGCAUCAGUCGUUCACUAGUGGCGUGGAACCGGCUCUGCGAUAGCGGUGCCAUUCAAGACAUUGCUGUGUUUCAUGCGGCUUAGUCUUCGCAAAACCUAUGACUUUUAUGGCAUUCUUGCAUUGCCGGUUCCACCCAAAUGCUUUCGCAUCUGUACGUUCUCACAUUAAUAAUAGAACGCGCGUUUAUUGUAAGCAUUGUCACUUUGUUCUUUUUCGUUGUUUUGCUUUUUAUUUUGGUAUUGCUUGUGUGCGUUGAUGUUGAGCUAAAUCUCGGCCCUUAUACUGCCCUUCUAAAGGAACUUUUAAGUGGACAAAAAGAAAUAAACGAAAAGCUGUCAUCUAUAGAAAACUUCCAGGCUGAACAACAGGUUCCUGUGGCUGACCUAAGGAGCCGCUUGGC